ACUUGGAAAUGAGAGUUAAGGAGUUAGAGCAAAGUAACGAAGGGUUACGUUUACAAUUCAAAUAUUUAGAAAAAAUGAUUGGAGAGCGAGAAGAAGAAACCAAGGCCAAUAUUAAUAAUUUGGGAGAAAAGGUUAGAGAACGAGAAGAAGUAACCAAAGGAAUUAUUAAAAAUUUAGAAGAAAAGGUUAAAGAAGAGGCCAAAGCCAAGCAAAAGAAAGGAUUAGAAAACGAGAAGAAGAAUCCAAAGAAAAACAAGAAAUUAUUAAUGAAUUAG